GCCGGCGCAUGCGCGCCGCCCCCCCCCCCUCGGCCGCGGGGAGGGGGAUGCGGACGGGGGAAGAUGGCGGCCUCGAACAACCCGCGGAAAUUCAGCGAGAAGAUCGCGCUGCACAACCAGAAGCAGGCGGAGGAGACGGCGGCCUUCGAGGAAGUCAUGAAGGACCUGAGCCUGACCCGCGCGCACCGGCUACAGCUGCAGAAAACCCAAUAUUUGCAACUGGGGCAGAGCCGUGGCCAGUACUAUGGGGGGUCAUUGCCAAAUGUGAACCAGAUUGGGAACAGUGCCAUGGAUCUCCCCUUCCAGCACAACGGAGCUCUGGCUGAAGCCUUUGGAGCAGUUCCUGUCUCUUUGACCCCGUUCCAGUCGUCGGCGCUGGACACGAGCAGGACCACGCGGCACCACGGGCUGGUGGACAGAGUGUACCGGGAGCGGAACCGCCUGGGCUCGCCCCACCGCCGCCCGCUCUCCGUGGACAAGCACGGCCGGCAGGUGGACAGCUGCCCCUAUGGCACGGUGUACCUGUCACCGCCGUCGGACACGAGCUGGAGGAGGACAAACUCUGAUUCUGCCUUGCACCAGAGCACCAUGACUCCAGCUCAGCAGGAAUCCUUUUCAGGAGGGUCGCAGGACAUGCAGCAGAAAAGAGUUUUAUUGCUGACUGUCCCUGGAAUGGAAGAAACCACCUCUGAUGCAGACAAAAACCUCUCGAAGCAAGGCUGGGACACUAAAAAGGCUGGGUCGUCGAGACCUAAAUCCUGUGAAGUUCCAGGAAUCAACAUUUUCCCGUCGGCCGAGCAGGAGGCUGGCACGGCGGCGCUGGUGCCCGCCGCGCACAGCACGGGCGGCUCGCUGCCCGACCUCAGCAACAUCCACUUCCCCUCGCCGCUGCCCACGCCGCUGGACCCCGAGGAGGCGCCCUUCCCUGCCCUCAGCAGCUCGGGCAGCGCGGGCAGCCUGGCUGCCAACCUGACCCAGCUGGGCAUCGGCUCCGCCAGCGCCGGAAUGACGACGCCGCCGGCCCCGUCCCAGCACCGCCAGCCCAGCGUCAGCCCCCUGUCCUUGGGCACGGACUCGCGGCGGCCUCAGGCCCAGCAAAUGUCCCCCACGCUGUCCCCGCUGUCACCCAUCACCCAGGCCGUGGCCAUGGAUGCAUUGUCCCUGGAGCAGCAGCUCCCCCCGUACCCCUUUUUCACCCAGACCAGCUCCCAGCAGCAGCAGCAGCCACCAGUGGCCAGUUCCCUGCCCCAGACCCCCCCUCUGCUGCAGAGCUCGGGGCUGCAGAGGGGUCCCCAGCUGCCCCCUCUGUCUGUCACGGUACCUUCCACCAUCCCCCAGUCCCCUCCCGGCAGCCAGAGCCAGCCCUCCAUGGGGAUCGACAUCAACUCGGCCUCACUCCAGCAGUACCGCAGUAAUGCUGGCUCCCCAGCCAACCAGUCUCCCACCUCUCCUGUCUCCAAUCAAGGCUUCUCUCCUGGCAGCUCCCCUCAAGUAAGGGACUCUGUGCUUCCACAGGCCUUGCUUCUCGUGCGUGUUCCAGCUGGAUUUCUCCAUGGCUGCCCCGUAGCUGUCUCGCCGUGCCCCCGUGUGUGCCUCGUGCCUCGCCGCCGCCCCUCCAUCCCCGCUCCCACAGGGCUCAGGAGCUGCUCAGCUGCCCCGUUCAGGGAGCUCAGAACCACAGCAUCAGGCUGCUGCUGGUUUGAGGGGCAGAACCUCCAGUGUCGCCCGCAGCUGGAGCAGUUCAACAUGAUCGAGGGCGCCAUCAGCUCCAACAGCCUCUACAGCCCCUGCUCCACCCUCAACUACUCGCAGGCCGCCGUGAUGGGACUGACGGGCAGCCACGGCAGCCUGCAGGACCCGCAGCAGCUCAGCUACUCCAGCCACGGCAACAUCCCCAACAUCAUCCUGACAGUGACAGGAGAAUCCCCCCCCAGCUUAUCAAAAGAACUGACCAGCUCCUUGGCAGGAGUGGGGGACGUCAGCUUCGACACGGAUUCCCAGUUCCCCCUGGAUGAACUCAAAAUUGACCCUUUGACCCUGGAUGGACUGCACAUGCUCAACGACCCCGACAUGGUCCUCACCGACCCCGCCACAGAGGACACGUUCCGCAUGGACCGGCUGUGAGCCGCCGCCAGCUCCGCAGCGCCCGGGAGGGCCCCGAGGCUCCAUCCCGGCCCGGAGGCUCCAUCCUGUUCCAGGGGCUCUGUCCCAUCCUGGAGGGUCCGUCCUGGAGGGUCCAUCCUGUUCCAGGGGCUCUGUCCCAUCCUGGAGG